AUGGAUUUAAUAAACUCAACAGAACAAAACAGUACGUCAGAAGAACCUUUCAAAUGGGCGACAUCCAAGAUUCUCAUUUCCAUUACCCUGUCUGUGCUCGCUCUAAUGACAACGGCCAUCAAUUCUCUCGUGAUGACUGCAAUAAUUGUGACAAGAAAGCUCCACCACCCCGCCAACUAUCUAAUCUGCUCUCUUGCAGUGACUGACUUCCUUGUGGCAGUCCUGGUGAUGCCCUUCAGCAUUGUCUACAUCGUAAAGGAGACCUGGAUCAUGGGGCAGGUGGUGUGUGACAUUUGGCUGAGCGUGGACAUCACAUGCUGCACUUGUUCCAUCUUGCACCUCUCUGCCAUUGCUUUGGACCGCUACAGAGCGAUCACGGAUGCCGUGGAAUAUGCCCGGAAAAGGACACCUAAGCACGCUGGCAUCAUGAUAGCAGUCGUAUGGAUCAUAUCCAUUUUUAUCUCCAUGCCACCUUUGUUUUGGAGGCACCAGACAACCAGCAGGGAGGACGAAUGCAUCAUCAAACACGACCACAUCGUUUUCACCAUUUACUCCACAUUUGGCGCCUUCUACAUCCCGCUGGCCUUGAUCCUCAUCCUUUACUACAAGAUCUACAAAGCAGCAAAGACAUUUCACAGGAGAAGCGUCAGCCGGAUCGUGAGGGAGGAGGGGGUGAAUGGACAAGUCCUUUUGGAUGCAGGUGAAAGAAGCACCAAAUCAGCUUCAAUGCCCAGCACAACAGAGAAGACCUCAGAUCCCCUGGUGAGCUCUGAUAAAAUCAAUAUCACCCUACGAAGUCCCAGGUCUGAAUCCAAGCAUGAGAAGUCCUGGAAAAAACAGAGAAUCUCCAGCACGAGAGAGCGAAAGGCAGCAACGACGCUGGGUUUGAUCUUGGGGGCAUUUGUGAUCUGCUGGCUCCCGUUUUUUGUAAAAGAAGUAGUUGUUAAUACCUGUGAAACAUGUCACCUCUCAGAGGACAUGUCUAAUUUCCUAGCAUGGCUGGGAUAUAUAAACUCCCUUAUUAACCCUUUAAUCUACACAAUCUUUAAUGAAGAUUUCAAGAAAGCCUUCCAGAAGCUUGUACGGUGUGGGCAAUACCUUUAA